UCCUAUCUUCCAGCAAAUGUCACAAACCUCAUCAGAAAUUUGUAUAGUGAAUCCAGGAAGAAAAUAGUAUGAUAUUAUCAGGGAACAAGUUAAAACUAAAUAUUUCAAAUGACAGUAAAUAUUAAGAGGAACAAAAGAUGUUAUGAACACGUUGAUUUAUAAUCGAAAUUCUAUAAGAUGAAGGAUGUUAAAUGCGUUGUUGUCGGUGAUGGCAAUGUUGGGAAAUCGUGCUUGUUGAUGUGUUAUGCCACUAAUAGUUUCAACGAAAAUCAUAUUCCAACAAUAUUUGAUAAUUAUAAAGCAACUGUAAUGGUGAAUGAUAUUCCUGUAGAGUUAGGAUUAUGGGAUACAGCAGGCCAAGAAGGUUACGAUCGAAUUCGUCCAUUAUCAUAUCCACAAACGGAUGUAUUCCUUUCGUGUUUUUCAAUUGUUUGUCGAUCAAGUUUUGAUAACGUAAUUCACCAAUGGAUUCCUGAAAUCAGACACCACUGCCCAAGAACACCAAUCAUUUUAGUUGGCACUAAGCUAGACAUUCGAAAAGACAAUGGACCAGAAAAUUCAAAACACAUUGAGAAAAGUAGUGAUCCUGUAUCAUUCAGUGAGGGACAAACUUUAGCAAAACGAAUAGAAGCUGUAAAAUAUGUAGAAUGUUCUGCUAAGACUCAAGAAGGGCUUCAAGCUGUGUUUGAGGAGGCUGCAAAGGCUGUGUUAUUUCCAUCUAAGCACAAACCACAACAUAGAUCAUGUAUUUUAUUAUAAAGAUUGCUCAGAAUAAUAUGAUAUGUUUAAAUUGUAUACAGUGUUAAAAAUACCAUUGAAAGUUUAUCAUGUGACUAGAGAGAAAAAAAAAUAAGAUUGUACAAAUAUAUUGCAAUGGCAUCUCUUUCUUUUGAUAUGAUUUAACUGGUUUAUCAUUUAGAGGCAAAUCCGUAACAGUGUGGACGACACCAAUACUUUUGUUGUUAAUAAUAGCGAAUAAUUUCCCUUUAACUUGUUUGUCAUCGGCUAUCGAUAACAAUGAUUUUACGCUCAUACAUUCUGUCAGAGGCCUUCCAGUUCGGAUGUCAAUAAUCACUUGUUUCACAUUUCGAUACCUAAAAUUAAACUUUCUUUCAUCAAAAUGUAAUAGAAAUUUGUUUUAAACAUUCUUUUUGUCAUCACAACCAACAGUUUCUUUUGAAAUAACAAUAAAUAUGCAGAGCUAAUAUCCUUGAAUUAAAGAAAAAUAUAUUAAAUGUAAAACAUGUCGAUUUUUAUUUUUUUUAGAAAUCAAGUUUAUAGGAUUAUUUCACAAAAAAAUAUAUUACAUAGAAGAAAAUACUCCCACGUCGUCAACAUUUAAGAUUAACCUACCGUUUAUUUAAUGGACAAGAUUUGUUUGUGAAAAGAGCCCAGAAUAAUGAAAAAAAUCUUCCUAUUUUUCGCAUGACACAUCAUUUGAAUCGUUGAGUCAUUUAAAAGACUCGUACGGUCAGUGUGCUUUGAAUAUUCAAGAAUAUUAGAGUAUACUUUUCUAU